AUCACAGCACUGUAAGCGCGCGCACUGCUCCUCAAGACAUUCACCAUACAGUUCAAGGUUAAAAUUACCUGCAAUCUGGAUGCAUGAAGUCACUGUCGUCAGAAGAGUCAGCCGGUGUGGAUAUUUUUGUCUUCUCUCUUCGGGUUCAUAAAUUUGAAGGUCGAGAAGCAAAAUGACAAGUCCCCAGUAUCUCCUGUUUCGUGUGAUAUUGGCUGUGGUUUCAUCGCUGGUCUACAGUAGUGCAUCUAGCACAAAGAAUGAAGACUACGACUUGUCGCAGAUGGCGGUCCCAAUGAUUCUGGACCAAAGCACUGUGAGGCUUCAAAGCCCAGAAUUCAUUACUGAUGUUGAUGAGCCAAGAGUAAUGUGUGGGAUUGAGUGCCAAAAAAACCUGCCAGAACUGAGGCCUGCUGAGCUGGAUCAACUACUGUCUUAUGAAACAAUCUACGAGAACGGAACCCGUACCUUCACCAAAAUCAAACUGGAAGGGGUCACUGAAUUGAGGAACAUAUCUUCAGUUUUCUCCAAUCCAGGACACCUCAGACGCAGAAAACGUCAGGUCUACGGCAUGGACGGGCGCUUUGUGAUCACAGAUAAACACUUCACCACCAAUUACCCGUUUUCAACCUCAGUGAAGCUCUCUACUGGAUGCUCAGGGAUCCUGGUUUCUCCAAGACACGUACUGACUGCUGCCCACUGUGUCCAUGAUGGCAAAAGCUACCUGAAAGGAACUAGGAAGCUCAGAGUGGGUAUCCUUAAACUCCACACCAGGCAUAGGGGAGGGCGCCAACGAGGAGGCAGGAGGAAAGGAGAAAAGAGAAAAAGUGAAGUGGGAAAUGAAGAUGCAGCCAAUGAAGGAGAAUUAGUUCAAAGAGAAAGGGAACACAAGAGGAAAAGGAAGAACCGUUUCAGGCGUGGUUCUGAUUCCUAUCAGUCCAGAUUAACAGGUACAGAGUCCAGACAGCAAACGUUCCGGUGGGCACGCGUCAAACUAAUACAAGUGCCAAAUGGCUGGAUGAGGAGUGUUGGCAAGGAGGUCUCGGCUGACUUUGAUUACGCCCUACUGGAGCUCAAACGACCCCAUAAGAUGAAGCACAUGGAAUUAGGAGUAGUUCCUGUAGUCACUGACAUCCCUGCAGGGAGAAUCCACUUCUCAGGUUUUGAUGAUGAUCAGUCAGGGAAAGUGGUCUACCGAUUCUGUUCAGUUUUAGAAGAAUCAAAUGACCUAAUGUACCAGUACUGUGAUGCGCAAAAGGGGUCCAGUGGAGCUGGUGUGUACGUAAGGCUAAGAGAGCCGGACAGGAAUAUGGGAGUAAAAGGGAAGUGGAAGAGGAAGAUAAUCGGUGUGUUCUCUGGACACCAGUGGGUGGAUGUUGAUGGAACACAGAAGGACUAUAAUGUGGCAGUCAGAAUAACACCAGCAAAAUAUGCCCAGAUAUGCCACUGGAUCCAUGGUAAUGCCAGCCAGUGUAGAUUGGCCUAAGUCACUUAAGACACAUUCUCUGGUGAACGUAACCACAUUUAUCACGUCUAACUUGAUGUCAACUGGUCCUUAAGACUGCUGGGAUGGUCUUCGGAUAGAAGCACGAGUGAACACUAGCCAUGUUUGUUGCCAAAAGUCCAUGCAUGUCACUGGUUGACACUCCACACACAAUGUCUUUUUUGAAAGAUGAAGUUGUAUGCUGUAGUAUUCAUUUCUUGAGGCUGAGGUUGUUGGCUUUGUAAUGUCAUGUUCAGGCCAUGUUUGUUCCAAAGCAAAUCACCAGCUGAGGCCAAAAGUAAUUCAGUUAAAUACUGAAACAAAACAGCUUGACCUUCUGCAUGACUUGUGCAAAGUUCUUAAUUUCCUGUACAGAUGUUGAGAAGAGGGUUUACAUUGUAAAUUUCUAUUAAGUAAAUUUAAGACUUCAGUAGGUUCUCCAGCAGAUACCAAUUCACUGGAAAUUUGUUCACCUAUUUUCAAGUAAUUAUACAUUUAGCUAUAUUUUUAUUUAAAUAUUGAAUGCAUUUGUCUAAUAAAGCUAAUUGAGUCAAAAUAAUUGUAAAUGUAUUACAAUAGUUACAUUUAGUGGUUUUCUAAUGCAAAACUGCUACAAAACACACUUAGGCCCCAUUUACACCUGGUAUUAACAUGCAUGUUGGACGAUAUGUUUGAAACGGGACAACGCUCAAGACAGGUGUAAACGGGAUCCAAAAUGUUUUUAGA